GUCUGGGGAACCUACGCAAAUAUGAGGUCUAUACAGGAACACGGAGAAAUGAAGAUUGAGCAGACGAUAGAUGAGGCAGUGGCACCUCUCAGGGAGAAGAUACGGGAACUUGAGCUUAGUUUUACCCAGAAGUACCCACCUGUGAAAUUCUUAUCAGAGAAGGACCGAAAGAGGAUUUUGAUCACGGGUGGGGCAGGAUUUGUGGGCUCGCACCUCACUGAUAAGCUGAUGAUGGAUGGUCACGAAGUGACAGUGGUGGAUAAUUUCUUCACUGGCCGUAAGCGCAAUGUUGAGCACUGGAUCGGCCAUGAGAACUUUGAACUGAUAAACCAUGAUGUGGUGGAGCCACUCUAUAUUGAAGUUGACCAGAUAUAUCAUUUGGCCUCACCUGCAUCGCCACCCAACUACAUGUAUAACCCUAUCAAGACACUGAAAACUAAUACUAUUGGAACUCUCAACAUGCUAGGAUUGGCCAAGCGAGUUGGAGCUCGUUUACUCCUUGCCUCAACUUCAGAAGUGUAUGGAGACCCAGAGGUGCAUCCCCAGAAUGAGGACUACUGGGGUCAUGUGAACCCUAUUGGCCCCCGGGCUUGUUAUGAUGAAGGGAAACGUGUUGCUGAGACGAUGUGUUAUGCCUACAUGAAACAGGAAGGUGUAGAGGUGAGAGUAGCUCGGAUCUUCAACACCUUCGGGUCUCGCAUGCACAUGAAUGACGGGCGAGUGGUCAGUAAUUUCAUUCUGCAGGCUUUACAGGGAGAGCCGCUGACGGUCUAUGGUUCAGGGUCUCAGACAAGAGCGUUCCAAUAUGUGAGUGAUCUGGUGAACGGCCUGGUGUCCCUGAUGAAUAAUAACAUCAGUAGUCCAGUUAACCUGGGAAAUCCAGAGGAACACACCAUACUGGAGUUUGCACAGCUUAUUAAGAGUCUAGUUGUGAGCCGCAGUCAUAUUCAGUUCCUUCCAGAAGCACAAGAUGAUCCACAGAGAAGACGGCCAGACAUCCGCAAGGCCAAAAUGCUUCUGGGCUGGGAACCUGUGGUGCCUCUGGAGGAAGGCUUGAACAAAACCAUCCAGUACUUCAGCAGAGAGCUAGAGCAUCAAGCCAACAAUCAGUAUAUACCCAAACCCAAGGCUGCACGGAUGAAAAAAGGAAGACCCAGACACAACUGAUGAAUUGUGUUGAUGUCAGGAAUGCUGGGAUACUGGAGCACCAUAGAAGUCCAGCAGCCAUUAUACAGCGUGGGUUUCCCACCUCCCACUUACAGAUCCAACUUUUUGAAGAAAAAAAGAAAAAAGGAAUUUUUCAGAUGUUUUUGCGAAUAUUUUGAAAUGCAGCUCAGGCAGAGAGCUGUCUCUAAAGAGUUUGUUUUUCAGUCAAAUGUGCCUCAAAGAUAGCCGAUUUACAGACUUUGCCUUGCACUUUGGUUUGUCAGUCUUCUGUCUGUUAUUUAAAGCAAGCUUAGAUCUUCGUGUGCUUUUUUGUUAUGUUUACAUCCUGUGCCGAUUUAACUGAUGUGAUCUAUUUUUUUAUCAUUGUCAAAGCUAGCGGUGUGUUUGUUGAAUGGACACCUGUAGAAAAUUAUGAAAAUUAGCAGUUGCAAACUAUUUAAAGAUCUUGAAUGUCUGGUCUGGAGCAGGAAACCUCAUCCGGCUCUGUCAAGAAAUCUGAGGAGACGGAUAAAAGAAAAGCUUUGGACAAUGUUGUUUCUGCUUUAAUCUUUGUGAUGAUUUUGAGCAAAAUCUGUUGUUCCCUUUGUGAAACGUCAUACAGAACUUUGAACCUAUAUUGAAUUUCAGGUGAAAAGAAUAUUUUAAUAAAAUAUUUCCUGUGAUUUUCACUGUAUUCUAUUUUUAACCUCACUUUCUCUGUUCUUCUGCCUAAUUACUGAUUGUUAUUUCUCAUUUUAUUGCUUUUAUCUGUUCUCUGCUGCAUUUCCAUUG